CUCCCAAGAAUUAUCUACAUGAGCAACGCAUAUAUAACGGAACCGCCAACUAAGGGAAAGAUUCUCCUGCAUACGACGUUAGGACCUUUGGAGGUGGAGUUAUGGCCCAAAGAAACUCCCAAAGCUUGUCGAAACUUCGUCCAAUUAUGCUUAGAGGGGUACUACGACAAUACUAUUUUUCACCGGAUUGUCAAGGAUUUCAUAGUCCAAGGCGGUGAUCCAACAGGAACGGGACACGGAGGAGAGUCUGUUUUUGGUGCGCCAUUUGCCGAUGAGUUUCACUCAAGGCUCCGAUUCAGCCAUCGCGGCUUGCUCGCAAUGGCCAAUACAGGGGAAAAUGACAACCGAAGUCAGUUCUUCUUCACCCUGGAUCGUGCUGAUGAAUUAAAUAGGAAAAGCACCAUAUUCGGCAAAAUUGUCGGCGAUACCAUAUAUAAUCUGCUGAAAUUUUCUGCGCUGGAGACAGAUGAAGAGGAGCGACCACUGUAUCCCCCAAAAUUCCUACGUGCCGAAGUACUGUCAAAUCCGUUUGACGAUAUCAAACUACGGACGACACCAGAGGAGCGGCUGGCGCAAGCUGCAGCAUUAAGAGCAGCCAAGGAAAAGGAAGAGCAGGCAAAGAAACCCAAGGGCAAAAAAAACUUGAGCUUACUAUCAUUUGGGGAGGAGGAAGCUGAAACCGCAAAAUCAACCGGAUCAAGGAUAAAGAGUAGUCAUGACGUUUUGACAAAUGAUCCCCGUCUCCGAAGUGAUAUAGCUGUGGAACUCUCAACGCGUUCACGAACCCCUGUGCCAUCAGACCACUCCUUGCGUUCACCUAGUCAGACCGCAACGGAAGAAGAGAAGUUUGAGCGGCACAUGCGCGAAAGUGUGGUCACGAAGCGACCAAGGAACGUGUCGCCAACUCGGCGGACAGAGUCUUCAAUACGUCAGAUGAAGAGUGAAGUAGAGAAAGUGCAAAGUGAAAUACGGGCUAUGAACACAGGACGCUUGGAAGUGAGCGAAGAUGGCAUCGCCAACCGUCGGGCGAAGGAAAAACUGGUCGAUCGUAUGCGGGCAGAGUUUGUCGACUCUGGAAAAGCCAUCAGUGCCAAACGACGAAGAGUUAAAGGAGAAACGGAUACACUGGAGAUGCUGCGAAAGUUCCAGGGCAAGAUUCGAGAUACUUCUUCCAAAGUUUCGCAUGCGCCUGCACGAGCGUCAGACGCAGAUGCAUCUGGUGAAUCCCAGGAGUGCCAACUCCACUUCGUAAGGAAUUGUGCAAGCUGCAGGGACACAUUCGGAAAGAAGGAAGAAGGAGAUGAAGAAGGGUGGAUGGCAACCAAGCUUGUAUUUGAGAAAGAGCGUGGGGCCAAUGUGUAUGAACCGCGCGUAGAGGAUUACACAGUAAUCGAUCCAAGAGCCCACUCCACACUAGAUGAUAAGCAGCGCGGCAGGUCCUUGAAAGGACGUGAAGGGCACCGAACAUCUGGUCCACGGCGAUAACGGAUGGCUGGCUUUGUAAUUGUUUUCACGAGGAUUUUUUAUUAUAUUUAAUUACAAUAUCUCUAUGCUUAACCACUAAGGAAAAGUAAAGCUCUGCAACGAGCAAUCUUUGU